AUGCAGACAACUCGGAUAACCCGCAGUUCUGUCCUUGGCAAACGUAGCCACCAACCUCGAGAUUCGUCACCAGCUCCAAGGUCCUGCGAGCAGCUGCAAACCCCCGACCCAACUCCCAACCCGAAGCGCGCACGCACUUCGACUCUGGUAACCGACUCUGAUGGCAAUAAGGAGAACGUUCCCCCAUUCAAAGCUGAACUUGUCAAUGGGGACUCAUCACCUGUGUCUCCCAGGGCUGCAAGAGCCCUUCGGCGCACAGCGACAGAGGUUUUGAUGACGCCAACUCGGGCUCGACCUGGCCCCCGUCGACGCUCGUCGACAUCCAGCCUCAUCCCUGCCACACCAGUCACAGAUAUCUCACACCUUACCAUCUCCACACCACCUCCUACACCCCCCGCCUCCAUUGUUCCUAUCCAUGCCCGUGCUCGUGCUCUUCUUCGCUCAACAUGUAAUAAUGCCGACAGUCUGAUUGCAGGACGAGAUUCGGAACGCGAGUCAAUUCGUGAUUUCCUUGCGGCCUACAUCGAUGGAACUGCAAUGGAUUCUGACAAUGCCGAGACCAGUCUAUUCAUCUCUGGCUCGCCGGGUACCGGCAAGACCGCAUUAGUGAAUUCGAUCAUUCGUUCCCUCCACGACGACCACGACCAGGUUCAAGUCAUUUCCAUCAAUUGCAUGGCACUGCAAAAUGUCGACGCACUAUGGAAGAGGUUAAUUGAAGAACUUGGCGCAAGUCGACAGAAACCCACAAGGGCGAAGAAAGCUCACAAUAGAAAUGCCGUCGAGGUAUUAUUGUCAUCUCUCGAGACCAAGUGCAUCAUCAUCCUAGAUGAAUUGGACCACAUCACCCCAAAUUCUCAAUCCUUUGCUUCGCUGUUUUCUCUUCCUGAGGCUGUCCCAUCAUAUCUGCGUCUCAUUGGCAUUGCUAACACUCACACACUCACCUCUUCUGCUGCGACCACCUUCGCACCCUCGGCGAACGUUCGGACGCUUCACUUCGCGCCCUAUACUCCGUCGCAACUCCAACAGAUUCUCGAAUCCCGUUUACAUCCCCUCUAUGAGCCUAAUCCUUUGGCACAAGACUCCGCAUCAGUCGAUGCAAGGAAAUUCCUCCCCCCUCCGUCAAUAAUGUUAUUGACUAAGAAGAUUGCCGCCUUAACCGGCGAUGUUCGGAGUCUUUUUGAGGUUCUCAGAGGUGCAAUUGAUUUGGCUGUCUCUCAGUCCGCGGCCAAGAAUAGUGGCACGGAUGUGAAUCCACUCAAUACGCCCCAAGCCUCCGUUAGCCCUCAACACAUUCUUGCGGCUUUAAAGGCUUACACACCGUCUUCAUCUAAGCGAAAGCCUGCCGCGGCCUCAACUGCGCCGGCUGCUCUAGCGAAUAACAGCGUCAGUGAAACUGUCACUAAAACCCACAACCUCGGUCUUCAAACACGAUUGGUGCUUUUAGCUAUUAUCCUCGCCUUCAAGCGACUGGAAGUUGGGCUUUCGUUGAGCAACCCAUCCGCUUCAGUCUCAGCAUCCCCGAAAAAGUCAGCCUCACCUGUGAAGCGUACCGCAUCGGCCUUGAACAUGAGCUCUGGCCAGAGUGUUGGGGUCGAAAUGACACAGCUUCAUACCUACUACGGUGCCGUCCUCACUCGAACCGAUGACGGUAUCUUUGAGCCCGCCUCUCGAAGCGAGUUUGGAGACCUCCUCAAUAUGCUGGAAGGAGUUGGCCUCAUCACGCUUUCGUCGUCGCUGCUUCCCUCUGUAACAUCGUCCCCUAGCAAGGGUAAACGGACUUUCGGCAGAACGGCGUCUUUCGGCGGCAGUCUUGGUGGAAGUUCAGUCGGUGAAGUGCGGCUAGCGGAUGGUGUCUGGGGUGAUGAAGUCCUUCGAGGGCUUGGUAUCUCCACCGCCGCUGGCUCUGCUAUGGAGGCUACUGAUCCUCGUGAGGAAGAAGUAAGGGCGAUCUGGCAUCGAGAGAACGCUCGGCUCGGGCGAGACACCAAGUCUUUUGCAGCCGCUGCUUUGGCUUCUAGCAAACGUCCAAUCGAUCCCUUCCAAAAUGCAUUUGAGGAUUAGAACAUGCUCGUUCUCCUCAUCUAUCUGCUUCAAAUCAUCAUCAUUCAAUUAUGCUUAAGUAUCCAUGGUCUCCUGCAUUCUCAUCAUCCGCAUUUAUUUUCAACGCAUCAGCAUCUUCAUUCAUGAUACCUGCACAUUCUAUCAUCCCCUUUUCUCGUUUUGUGGAAUCAUUUGCCCUUGCCCACCAUCCACUGCAUACACCCGGACGCUAAAGGCGCCACGACGCAUCGGAAUUUCGCUUGCUUGCCCUCUGAGAUUAUAUAUGUGCUACCUUAGUAGGAAGAAAAGUAGAAGAUUUAGACUCCUGUAAAAUCAACUAGAUUUGUAUGUUUCCAUCCAA